UCUGAAGUUGUUUUAAUGUCAGUUUUAAAUCAUCAAAAAUCGCAUCAAAAUUCAUUCCACUCAUUAUGAAAUUAAUUAAAAUAAAAAUUAAUUGUUAAAAUGUGGUUUUGGGAGGCGUGGAGUGAUUUAGUCAAGAUUCACACACAAUUUGCUAAGGAAACAUACGAAUUGAAUAAAUAUGGAAGUAAUUUUAUAACUGCGUUCCCAAGUUUUCUCUUUCUGGUCACAAACUUCAUUAUUAUCUACAAAUUCUGUCAUCGUUACACGAGAUUCGGUUACACUUCACUUCGCGCAUGGUUUUUUAGGGAAUUAACAUUCCACUGGUCCUAUUUCUACUUGAGUAAACUCUGGUUCAUGUUUUUGCGAAUGUACAAACUGACGGCGGGAUAUGUGUGCCAAGGAUUAGUAAUUAUCAUCCUUUUAAUCUCAGAUCAGGCCAUUUGCGGCAAACACACGAUCGUACGGUGGAUUUGCGCUAAACUCAGUUUUACGUUCAAGGCAAUGAAGGAUCCGACCGUUAACUUGAGACAUUGUCAUCUCACUGGACUGUUUAUUCUGUCCCUUAUAAGCUUGAUACCUUUGUUCAUCUACGUUUUGAGGAAAUGGUCAAGGACGAAUAUUCCGAAUUUUUUGAUAUGGAUUGGAGAGGAUCCUUGGCUUCGUACAGAAAUUGGUUUAGCAGGACAUUAUUUAGAAAGACCACCACGUUUUGUGAUGCCUGUACAAAGUAAUGUUCCUUAUAGAACGAAGCGUUCAGCCAGCAUCCAUGAGAGGGCGCGUAUAGGAACAUUUGUACGAAUUUCUAAAUCUGCGGGCUGUGUAAAUGAAUAUUGAGUUGCAGUUUCGUACAAAUCAGUUCGCGAAUGUUUAAGUUAAAUUAUAAUGUACAAAUUAAAUUGUAGAAAACAAUUUUUAAGAGUUUUAAAUGGUUAAAAAAGGAA